UGGAGCCAUUUUGUGUCAAAAGUCAGCGUCUGUGUUUUUCAAUUCUCUUCUGUGCGUAUAUGGAGAAAAGAACAGUCAGUUUUCAACCUCCGAGAACCUGUUCAUAUGCUUUUUCUUGCCUCUUAGUAACCAGAAUAAAUCCCAUAUCCUCAGGAGAAAGUUUUCACUCUCAUUAGUCCCAACCUCUUAAUUAUCAAAAAACCUAUAACACUCCCACACAUACAACAAAAUUUCUAGAUUUGCAUGUCUAUAUUAUAAACUCUGCAAAUUAGAGGCUACAAGACAUCUAUGUUCCAAGACAUGGCACUGCUAAUUUCCUUCUAGUUGAAGCCUUUUCUCUAAGGAAAAAGCAUGUGCAAUAACCCUUGCAACAAUUAUGGACAACUAUCAAGGUGAUUUAAGUGACAUAAUUCGUGCUAGUGGUGCAUCGUAUGGCACUUGCAGCACGGGAACUCCAUCAUCUGAAGCUGCUAAUCCCUUCUCUCGUGGUCACUUGCAAUUCUCUUCUGAUCCCAUGAUUUUCUCUUGUGUUUUGGAAGGGUUCAAUAGCAACUUCGGUGAUCCCUUCUCAAACAUGAGAGAUCCCUUUCUACACGAGCUUGAUUUGCCUCCUUCUGCCUACUUUAACAUCACAACAAGUUCAUCUGCAGAAAUGAGCAGUUCUGGGGCAUUGGAAGAAGCAACUUGUUUUGGUGGUGGGGUUGUUGCUGGUAGUAGUAGUAGUAGUAGUAAUAGUUGUGUUUUGGCACAGAAGAUUCUUGAGGAUGAUGAUAUGAGAAGGCCAUGUAACAGCAUAUUGUCAAACAUGAUUCAGAUCUCUCCCAAUGAUAAGUUACCCAUCUCGCCAGCGGUGGAUGCUUUGUCAAGGGCACUCAAGCCUUCUAGUAUGGUAAUUUCAGGUGACAACAUGAUUGAUUCAAAGACCUCUAUAGAUCAUUGCUUGGUGGACAACACAGAAGUGCAGAUCUCAUCUCCAAGGAAUCCAGGUCUUAAGAGAAGAAAGAGCCAGGCAAAGAAGUCGAUUUGUGUUCCUGCACCAACUGCACCAAAUAGCAGACGAAGUGGCGAGGUAGUUCCUUCUGAUCUGUGGGCUUGGAGAAAAUAUGGUCAGAAACCCAUUAAAGAUUCUCCAUAUCCAAGGGGUUACUAUAGAUGCAGCAGCUCAAAGGGUUGUCCAGCAAGGAAACAAGUUGAAAGGAGCAGAACAGACCCAAACAUGUUGGUCAUUACUUACACGUCAGAGCACAACCAUCCAUGGCCAACACACAGAAAUGCUCUCGCUGGUUCAUCUCGAUCCCAACCAUCGAAAAACAACAACAUUGCUGCUUCAAAGAAUGAGGAAGAAGAGGAGGAGGAGAGCAACAGUGGCAGCAAUAAUGUAAAUAACAGUGCAUUUGUGAGGGAAGAAGAGAAGCAGCUUGAGAUGGAUGAUGGAGAAUUCAGUGAUAUUGGAAUCCCUUAUUGCAAGCCAAUAUCUAAGAUGAAGAACAGCCAACAACUUGAUCAGGGUUUGUUAGCAGAAUUGGGAGAAAUAGAAUUUGCUGACUCAGUAAACCUAUUGUCUCCACCACAAGGUUUUGAUAAUCAGAAAAGGGAAUCCAACACUUUAGAUUCAUUCCAUUUCUUUGACUGGAGAGGUGACAACAGCACCAAGUACCACCUUGUUUGAAGCAUCUAAGAGAAGGUCGUAUAUUCACAAAAGCCUUUUAAUAGGUGCAGGUCAUCAUCUGAUUUCAAAUGUGUCAUGUGGGGGAGAUUUGAGGAGAUCAUAAAAACGCCUUUCUUGUUUCUGUUUUCUUUUCUUUUUCUCUUUACCUGUCAUUUCGCAUAACAGUAAGGGGGGUAAAUUAGUGGAAGAAAAUGAGGAUUCUAUAUGUGGGAGUGCUGCUUGAUUGGAAGCACACACAACGAGUCCCACGUUCCUUUUGGAGUAUUGGUGGAUGGGACAGAAAAGCCGAGGAACAGAAGAUUUUAAACAGUUAAAAACAAUUUUCUGAGACUUUAUUGAUUCAAAAGCUCACUGGGUAGAUUAAUGAUUAAAGGAUGAGAGGCUAGUCCUUUCAUGUUUUCAAGUGGGAAAAAUUAUUUUAGAUCUCCCCCUUGGUCAUGUGGGUUAUUCCAGAAAAUGACGAGAAAUUAAAAUAGGUUCGGAGAUUUGAGAUUAAUUACCUCCCGGAUGAAAUUGAUGUAGAUCAUGAAGAACAGUAUGGUAAAAGUAGAGUGAUGAUAUAUAUAUGGACCCUAGGUCUCCAUAUAGAUCACGUUUUAAUAAAUACAGAACAUAAAACUUAACUCUAAAUUUGACAUGCAAGCUCUGAUUCCUUAGUUUUCUGCUUCUCUUACUAUCCAGUAUCCAAAGACUUGCAUUAAUAUUA